AUGUUCAAUGUGCAGGUGCGAGUGAGUGAGAAUGCUGCGCUGCACCCCCAAGGGGUGGAAGUUGAAAGUUGCAAAGUGUGUUUCGAACACUUUGAAGAGAUGAUGACAGGUUCAGGCGGUAUUUAUCGAUCGCUGACCCAAAUCUUCAUCAAAAAUCGGGAGCACAAGAUAGGACAAUUGGAAUUGGAGACCAAUAAGCUACUGGGGCGUAUGAG